GACUUCUUCUCCUCCCUUGCGCGGUGUCGAAAUCUGAUUCUGUAUCUUCUCAUCUGACCAGGUUCAAUACCUUCUAGUCAGAGACGCUGUGUUCUGCUCACUACUCAUCCUUUCCCUCUCUGGUUGCUGGGUGACCGACGGUAUCCUGGUCGCCGAGCGGUAUCAAAGAAACCUCCGUUCGACUCUCUUUCAUCUGUCUAGGUACUCCACUUGUCAACCACACGGACAACUACCAUCACCAACACAUACUCCUCGCAGACAUGUCUGCCUCACCAGAAAACCAGCCCGGCUCACCGGUCGAUCACAAGGAAGACAUCCUACCUGAAGAGUCCGGAAAUGAAGUUGUUAGCACCCCUGCAGCUGGCGGCGAAGCGUAUCACAAACAAGUAGACGUCGACAACGUCACUGAAGAUCUCGAGAAAGGUCCCAGCAACAGCGACGAUGACAAUGACAAUGAUGCUGGUGCUCGUCUUCCAGGGGAAGACGAAGCUGUCGGAGAUGCACUCUCCGAUGAUGAAUCUAUCCUCUCUGAAGUCGAUGAAGCGCAGUUCGAAGAUUUCGACCCUGAGAACGUCGCUAUCGAAGAACGUCCCACAUUGGAUAUCGAUGAGGAUAAUCUGAAGCUCAUUGGUCGUCACAAGCGCAAGAGGAUUCAGGAUGGAGAGGACGAAGGGCGAACCAGGCGGAGGAAGGAAGGGCGGAGGGAGAAGAAGAAUCGUCGUAUGAGGGAGCUGGAGGGUGUCGACGCCGAGGGCGAGGCUGAAGGGAAGAGUCGCAGGAAGGAUCGGAAGAGGAGGGAGCCGACCCCUGUAGAUGAGGAGUCCCUCGAUCCUGCUACGCGUCGUCGGAGAGCCCUUGAUCGUGCUAUGGAUGAAGCGCUGAAGAAGCCUACUAAGAGACGACCCCGAAGAGCGGAUGGCAUUGACCUCGAGCAAAUGGCAGAUGCGGAAAUCGAGGAGAUGCGCAGGCGCAUGACCAAUGCCGCCCAAAUGGAUGCUGUCAACCGACGCGAGGGCAAGCCUGCUAUGCACAAACUCAAGAUGCUACCGGAGGUGAUUUCGCUCCUUAACCGUAAUCAAUAUGUCAACAGUCUGGUCGAUCCGGAAAUCAACCUGCUUGAAGCAGUCAAAUUCUUCCUUGAGCCGCUCGAUGAUGGAUCUCUUCCGGCUUACAACAUCCAGCGCGACCUCAUGACAGCGUUGGCUAAACUCCCGAUUAACAAGGAGACUCUCAUUGCCAGCGGUAUUGGGAAAGUUAUUGUCUUCUACACCAAGAGCAAGAGGCCGGAACCAGGAAUCAAGCGCAUGGCGGAACGCCUGCUUGCAGAGUGGACACGGCCAAUCUUACAACGAAGCGAUGAUUACUCGAAGAGGGUAUACCAGGAGGUUGAAUUUGACCCGACCAAACUGCAAACGCGUGCACCGCAAUUGUCUGCUGAAGCUACGGCGGCGGAAGCGCGAGAGCGCGAGCUUCUUCCACCUCGUUUGGCCAACCGCGCGCGUGCGGAGAUCCGCCACACUAGCUAUACGAUUGUACCACGGCCGACGGCGAUCCAGGAGAGCAAGUUCGCACGACCGCUUGGAGCCAGCGGGGAGGAUCGAUUCCGGAGGAUGCGGGCAAGACAGAUUGCUGCUGUGAAGGGAGGUCGGAGGUAGUGUCAGUCCCAAGUCUAUUUUCCGUGGACGACCUUUGUACUUCUUUAUCUGCUUCCUACUUUUCUUUGAUUCAUUUCGCGGUUAAUAUGGGCGUAAGCGGGGAUUUGUUAGAUACUGGUCGUGCCUAUUUUAUGAUGGGAAAACCAUCGUCGCAUUAGUCGGGCAUACUCUUGAGGCUUCUUUUUCUGUAAAUGGAAUCCACGUGAUCUUGCCGGUUCGAUGGUUAUUCCAGAUUUCAAAUCCAAUCCCAAAAUCGGGAUUAUUAUUAUUACAUGUUAUUGCCAACUUCCCACUCGGAUACUGAUGCCGAACUCACGGGUUUCUAUUUCAUCAUUUUCAUGGCAAUACCUAAUAAUGGUUGGAGAAAAAAGCGCAGAGAUUUUCUUCCCCUGUCGAUGAGGGGAUCGAUAUUUCUAUUCCGGGAAUCCUCGUGAGGGGCGUGAGGGGCAACAAGGAUUGAUGAAUGAACGCAACGAUGUCGAAAUGAAGAGCUCACUUCCAAUUAACCCAAUCAUGCAAUAUUAUCCAAUCCGAGGAUACAGAGAUCGAGCCAUGUCUUUGUUGGGAACGCCAGAAGCUCCUACCAUAGGGACUAGUUAUCCACUCUGAGGCAGCCACAGACAUCCAGACCAGUCCAACUAGACCCCUGGCGAGGCUCCCUGUCCCAGCAAAUCGAGGCCUAAGGCUGAAUACGUAGAUUCCUCCUGCCAAUGAGUGACAUCUGCACCUUUAUCGGUCAGAUUAAAGACUCAACGGCCAAGCAUUUUGGCUUUGGAAACUCCACUCUUCGUUCCAAAUACGCCAGGCACAAUGCUUAGGAGUCUUGGUCUCCACAUCAUCCCAUGUUAUAUUUGAUGCAGAGUACAUAUAUAACUUCUUCCUAGACCGCCAGUUGAUCUGCGAAGGACAACUUGGACUCGCAUGGCCUGAUGCCUGGUAGACUGGAACACGGUUGCCUGGGCUAGGUGCUUGGUAGUUGGUGCCAGUGUAAGUGCCCAGAUCCAUGUCUCUGCUUUAGGGAGUGUUGGAGGUAAUGGUAGUCAUUGCACAGUAUGGAGACCAUGGUUCCUUCAAGUGAAUAUUC